GAGCGACUCCCAUUCGAGUGUCAGCACCUGCUAGCUACCACUCCUCACAUCCUCUGGUACGAUCACCCUCCUCUGCUGCGUUGACGAAGAUGGCCGCACGCCUUGCGCUCGUGGCGGCGCUCCUUUGCGCCGGUGCCGCGGCCGCCGCGGCGCAGCAGGCGAGCAACGUCCGGGCGACCUACCACUACUACCGCCCAGGUCAGAACGGCUGGGACCUGGGCGCCCCCGCCGUGAGCGCCUACUGCUCCACCUGGGACGCCGGCAAGCCGUUCUCGUGGCGGUCCAAGUACGGCUGGACGGCGUUCUGCGGCCCCGCUGGCCCCCGCGGCCAGGCGUCGUGCGGGCGGUGCAUCCGGGUGACCAACAUGGGCACGGGGGCGCAGAUCACGGCGAGGAUCGUGGACCAGUGCGCCAACGGCGGGCUGGACCUCGACUGGGACACCGUGUUCGUCAAGAUCGACACCGACGGCAUGGGGUACCAGAGGGGCCACCUCAUCGUCAACUACCAGUUCGUCGACUGCCGCGACAACCGCAUCAACUUCCAUGGAAAGAACGAGACGCUCCCAGCCAGCACUCAUGCGGUUGAGUAAUUAAAAGUCGCUGUACGUAGUAGCAGCACAUGCAUGAUGCUCAGAUGCCGCAUUGUUGCGCUGUACGCACACAUGUAUGAAUGCAUGGCACGGAUCAAGUGGAAUAAAUUUCAUGUAUGGAUCUUAUCUUAUGGUUGUGAGUUGUAACUGCGGAAAGUGGAAUAAAUCUCAGAAGUUGGCAGAAA